AUAAAUAUAAAAUAUAUAUAAUUAUUUAUAAAUAAUAUAUAUAAUUUAUUUUUAUUUUUCUUUUGUUUUAUAGAUUAUUUUUUUAUUUUAUUUUUUUUUAUUUGAUUAAUAAAUAAGAUUCUAUUAUUUAUUAAUUUUAUAUAUAUAUAAAUCAAAAAAUGAUGAAAAAAAAAAAUACAACAGUUGUUCAAACUUUAUCACCAGACGAAGAACAAGCUAAAUUUUUUGAAGAAGCUAAAAACAAUGUUAUGAUUCAAGGUCAUCAUAUGAAAUUGUCAUUAGACAAUUCAAAAUUAAUGGACGCACUCAAAUAUGCCUCAAAUAUUAUUAAUGAACUUCGUACAAGUUUACUUUCACCAAAAUCAUACUAUGCUUUAUAUUUAGUUGCAUUCGAUUAUCUUCAAUAUCUCAACACUUAUCUCUACGAAGAAAAGCAUGGUAAAAGAAUGAUUGAACUUUAUGAAGUUGUUCAACAUGCUGGUAAUGUUUUACCAAGAUUAUAUUUAUUAAUUACAGUUGGAUCAGUUUAUAUUAAAACUAAACAAGCACCAGCUAAAGAUGUAUUAAAAGAUUUAAUUGAAAUGUGUCGUGGUGUUCAACAUCCAACCAGAGGUCUUUUCUUAAGACAUUACUUAAGUGAAGUUACUAAAGAUAAAUUACCAGAUGUCGAUUCACCAGCUGAAGCAGGUACAGUUAUGGAUUCAAUUGAUUUCAUUAUUCAAAAUUUCACAGAAACCAAUAAACUUUGGGUACGUAUGCAACAUCAAGCACCAACCAAAGAUAAAGAAAGAAGAGAAAAUGAACGUCUUGAACUUCGUUUAUUAGUUGGUAAAAAUCUUUCACGUUUAGCACAAUUAGAUGGUGUUAAUCAAGAAACUUAUAGUGAAGUAGUUUUACCAAAGGUUGUUGAACAAAUCAUCAAUUGUAAAGAUAAAAUUGCUCAAGAAUAUCUUAUGGAAAUUUUAAUUCAAGUAUUCCCAGAUGAAUUCCACCUUGCAACUCUUGAUGAUAUCCUUCAAACUUGUGCUCAACUUCAAAGUGGUGUUAAUGUUAAAGCUAUUAUUGCUUCAUUAAUUGAUAGACUUGCCAACUUUGCUACUCGUAAUGCUGAAUUAGUACCAUCAGAUAUUAAAAUUUUCGAUAUAUUCUUUAAUAAUGUUAGAGAAAUUAUUAAAGCAAGACCAAAUAUGGAAUUACAAGAUAUUCUUGGAUUACAUGUUUCUUUAUUAAAUUUAACAUUAAAAUGUUAUCCAACUAAUAAAGAUAAUGCCAAUGAAGUUUUAGGUUUAUGUCAAUCCAUUAUCAGUACUAAAUCAAAAGAAGAUAUUAACAAACCAACAUGUGUCAAGCAAAUUAUUCAAUUAUUACAAAUUCCAUUAGAUGUCUUUAAGAAUGUUUUAGUUGUAUUAAGUUUAACUAAUUAUCAACCAUUAAUUUCAUGUCUUUCAUACAACAACAGAAAGAAAGUAUCAUUAGAUAUUGUAAACUCCACCAUCCAAAAUAGCACCAUCAUCGAAGAACCAGAAGCUGUUAGCAAUUUAUUAGAAACCAUUUCAACUUUAAUCAAAGAUGAAGAAGACCAACCAAGUAUGGACGAUAUUGAUAAAGAAGAUUUCCAAGAAGAACAAAAUAAAGUUGCCUCACUUAUUCAUCUCUUUGAUAGCGAAGAUCCAGAAAAACUCUUCAAGAUUUAUAUUAUUGCUCGUGGUCAUUUCGGUACAGGUGGCCAACAUCGUAUCCGUCACACUUUGGUACCAUUAGUAUUCUGUUCACUUCGUUUCAUUCGUAACUUUAAACAACAAGUCGAUACCGGUGUUAUCACAUUAGAUCAAAACAAAUGGAAUACCAUUGGUGGAAAGAUUUAUACAUUUGUCAGCGAAACCAUUAAAGCUUUAGCCGAUAUUAAAUUAGCUGAUCUUUCAUUCAGACUUUACCUUCAAGCUCUCCAAACUUUUGAUCAAUGUGGUCUCGUAGGUAAAGUUAAAGAGCUUGCUAUUAAAGCUCUCUUAAUUUUCCAAGAAGAUAUUGCCGAUUUCAAAUCACAAGUCUCUGCUCUUCAACUUUUAAUUGCAACUCUUAACUCUUUAAAUAUUCCAGACGAAGAAAUUUAUGAAUCAUUAGCCGCUCAAACUAUUAAACAAGCCUCACGUCUUUUAUUGGCACCAGAUCAAGCUAAGCUCAUUGCUACUUGUUCACACUUAUUCUGGGUCGAUCAUCCAGACCGUCAAUAUCAAAAUCCAGAAUCUGUUCUUCAAGCUCUUAAAAAAGCCCUUUCAAUUAUCUCAAAUGAAACAAAUCCUGGUCUUAGUGUAUUUGUAGAUAUCCUCAAUGAAUGUCUUUUCUAUUGUGACAAAAAUACUGGUGCUGUUCCAGUUCAAUUCAUUUCUGAUUUAGUCGAAUUAAUUCGUACUACUCAUGUUAAAGAUGCUGAUCCAGCUUUAUCGUAUCUCCAAAACACAAUUAGUUAUAUUCAAUCACAAAAUUACCCAGGUAUCUCAAUCAAUUAAAAUAAUUUUUUAAAAAAAAUAAUUUAAAAAAAAAAAAAAAUUAAUAAUAAAGAAUAUUACAAAUUUAAAUUUAAUAAUUAUAAUAGUAAUACAAAUUAAAAAAUAUUAUUAUACAAUACAAC